UCCGGCUCUUGGGGUUCUCUUCAUCAUUUUCUCUGCUGUUUAAUCAAUCUCUCUCGACCCCACGAACCCAAAUCCGGAGAUGUUGUAGAAAGACAAAAUAAAACGACCCACAAGAAGAUGAGUUCGAGCAGCACGAUUAGCAGCGGUGGCGGCGGAGUUGUGGGUGGGGUCGGCAGUAGCAGCGGUGGUGGUGGUGGAGGAGGAGGACCUUGUGGCGCAUGCAAAUUCUUACGGCGUAAGUGCGUGAUCGGAUGCAUAUUUGCUCCUUACUUUGAUUCAGAACAAGGAGCAGCCCACUUCGCAGCGGUUCACAAGGUGUUUGGUGCAAGCAACGUGUCCAAGCUUCUCCUUCAUAUACCAGUUCACAAACGACUCGAUGCCGUCGUCACCAUCUGUUAUGAAGCUCAAGCUCGACUUCGAGAUCCCGUCUAUGGCUGUGUCGCUCACAUCUUCGCUCUUCAACAACAGGUGGUGAAUUUACAGGCUGAACUAUCCUACUUGCAAGCUCAUCUGGCAGCGUUAGAGCUUCCGUCUCCGCCACCUCCUACGCUACUGGCUCCGCCACCACUCUCUAUCACAGACCUUCCGUCAGCUUCCAGCAUCCCCGCCACUGCGACCUUCAACCUAUCGACAAUACUUGAUCCUGUGGUGCCACCACAUUGGUUAUUGCAACAACGCGAAAUGGAACUUCGACAAUUCGGAGGAAGCGGCAGAAGCCCUACGGAGAAUUCUCCGCCCACCGCUGGAGGCGGUGGUGAUCUUCAGGCAUUGGCCCGAGAGCUUCUACAAAGGCACAGGUCGUCCGUGGAGCAGUCAGCAUCGGCGCAACAAACAUGCACAUCCACAGCAACCACAACCACCAUCACUCCCCAACUGAGACUGACCUAAUUGACCAGAAUUUUCCUUGAGCAUUUUCAGUAGUUGAAAUUGCCUGGUUUUGGAGGAGAUUUUGUUGUCAUCCCAAUAGGCAAGUAGUUAUAAUUGAAAACUUCUCAUUUAUUUUUCAUGAAUUAAAGCUUAAUUAGAUGAAAUGUAGAAUAGAUUUACCAUUAUUAUGCUAUCAAAGCGCCCUUAAUCUUUCUUAAUUAAUUGUUAAUUUUUAU